AUGAAGUUCACCACGCCUUUUCUGGUUGCGAUCUUUGGCUUGGCAUCGGCAAGCACUGUUGCUGGCAAUUUUUUGAAGGUUUCGCCCGGCAAUAGCUGGGCAGACUACUGCCAACCUGGUGGAUCCAAGUUCGAUACGCACCACCUGUGCGUAAGUAGUUCGCCCUCUUUCCUUAAGCUCCUGAUCAAGGAGUCCCACUACGAAGGCUAUCUAGCUCCGAACGGAAAAGACUUUGUUCUGUUGGACUUUGAUGGCCUCACCACGCGCCUAUCCACGAACAAGUAUGACAUCACCGUAACCUUCGGCCAAGUUCUGACACCUGGCGUCAAAGAUCCCAUGUGCGGAUGGGUGGUGAUCCAGAAGCGCGGAGGUGACGGAAGUAACCUAUUCCAGCAGACUUACUGCAAGGGCGACACCUUCACUAUCCCGGACUACAUCGUCUCUGCCUAA